AUGAAAACUUGUGUUUCCUCAGCUAAGAUAUCCGUUUUGGUGAACGGGUCACCAACAUCUGAGUUUUGUCCACAACGAGGCCUGAGGCAAGGAGACCCAUUGUCACCAUUUCUAUUCAACAUUGUAGCAGAAGGUCUGAAUAUUUUGCUGAGCAGAGCCAGACAGCUGGGCCUAAUUCAAGGGGCGGUGGUGGGCUCUAGUGGGUUGAGAAUCACGCACUUGCAAUUUGCAGAUGAUACGAUUUUGUUCUGUAAUGCGGAUAAAGAGGAGGUGGGAAACAUUAAAAGAAUUCUAAGAUGCUUUGAGAUUGUAUCAGGUCUGAGAAUUAAUUAUCACAAGAGUGUUAUCUGUGGGAUUGGGGUAGACGACGGUUCGAUGCAGGAGUUUGCUUCUUCCUUAAAUUGUUGCCACCAUAAAUUGCCUCUAAAAUACUUGGGGCUUCCUUUGGGGGCUAAUCCCAGCAGGAGGAGUACUUGGAAACCUGUUCUUGAUAAGUUCAAACAAAAAUUGUCAACAUGGAAGAGAAGGUUGUUAUCUUUUGCUGGGCGCUUAACUCUUAUUAAAUCGGUUAUGUCUAAUCUGCCCAUCUACUAUCUUUCACUGUUUAGAAUCCCUGCUGGAGUGGCAAAGGAAAUUGAGAGAAUACAAUCUGCAUUUCUUUGGGGUGGAUCCGAUCUUAGAAGGAAAAUACAUAUGGUCCGAUGGGAGGUGGUUUCUAAAAAUAAGAAUUUAGGUGGGUUAGGGUUGAGGAGGAUAAAAAGUUUCAAUCAAUGUCUCUUGCUGAAAUGGUGGUGGAGAUUUGGUGUAGAGAAUAAAUCCCUUUGGAAGGAAGUGAUCUGCUCCAAGUAUGUGUCAUUGGAUGGAAGAUGGACACCACAGUUAAUAAGCAGAGAAUCCAAGAUCUGGUCGGAUAUUAUUCAAGCUGUAAUGUCCAAUCCAGAGCUACAUCACUUUUAUAUUUCUAAUGCUCAGAUUGUUCUGGGGGAUGGGAGAAGAGCUCGAUUUUGGAGAGACAAAUCUGAUGAGCUCAUAUGGGGUGCAGACCCAUCUAAUACUUUCUCUGUCUCCUCAGUAUAUUUUUGGAGUGAAUCACAUUUGGGACCUAUACUACCUGUGGCUGCUUCAAUUUGGAAUAAUUUUGCUCCUCCAAAAGUUCAAUGUUUUGGGUGGAUGGCUUGGCUGGGUAAGAUUAAAACUUCGAGUUUCCUUCAUAGAAUUGGUAUUCUAACAGGGAAUGUAAAUCUGGAUUGUGUCUUCUGCCACAAUGAGAUUGAAACUGUGGAACAUAUUCUAUUAAUGAAGAAGCUGGAAAAGAAAAUUUGGAAGGUUCUUCCUUUGGCUAUCCUCUGGUCUACAUGGAAGCAUCGAAAUGAUUGCAUCUUUAAUGGCUCUCAACCAAACUUGGAAGACCUAUGUGAAAUAGUGAAGGUUCGUGUAGCUAUGUGGCUCAAAGCCUCACCAACCCAGGUGGAGUUUUCUAUUAAUGACUUGGUUUUCAACCUGUCACAGUUCAGAGUUGGCCAGGUGGUCAUGGCAGUUCAGAGUUGGCCAGGCAACAGAAGUGUCCUUCAGUCUAACAUUGCAGGUGCUCCUUACUGA